CCAUUGGUGAUUGGUCCCUUCAAUUACAGCAGUAGCAGAGGUCGAGAUUGCAGUGUUUCUUUCUUUGAUUCAAAAAACUGAAAAGAGAAUGGACUAUUUCUAGUAGGGGGGGAACAGCACCCAGGUUUCCAAGAGGAUCCGCCCGUGAUCAUGGCAUUACCAUGGAAGUAAGUAUGAAGGAACAAGGAAGAACACGAUGCUUGAAUUGUUGAAUUUGUGGUGUCAAAGUUGCAACAGUUGGCAGCAAAUGAAAUGAGACGUGAUAGCAGAGCAACACAAAAAAACUUACAUAAUCCACAUGGACGAGACUAACAUGCCGGAGAGCUUCACCAACCAUCUCCAAUGGUAUGAUUCAUUGUUGAAAUCUGUUUCGGACUCUGCAUCCAUGCUUUACAUUUACAGCAAUGUAAUCCAUGGCUACUCCACGAGGUUAACGACUGAGGAAGCCGAAGCACUCGAAGAGCAGCAGGGGAUUCUCUCUGUAAUUCCUGAAUUAAGAUAUGAACUGCAUACUACUCGAACCCCGGAGUUUCUUGGGUUGGGAAAAGGUAGUGCGGUAUUUCCUACGUUUGAGUUGGCGAGCGGUGUGAUUGUCGGUGUGUUGGACACUGGUGUUUGGCCGGAGCUAGAGAGUUUCAAUGACGAAGGGCUUGGGCCAGUACCGGAAAAGUGGAAAGGCGAAUGUGAGGUGGGAAAGACCUUCAAAUUGUCCAGUUGCAAUAAGAAACUAAUUGGUGCGAGGUAUUUUUCAAAAGGGUAUGAAGGAGCGGUCGGACCUAUUAACGAAACUGUAGAAUCAAAAUCGCCUAGAGAUGACAACGGACAUGGAAGUCACACCUCAACAACGGCAGCUGGAUCGGCUGUUUCCGAUGCUAGCUUAUUUGGUUUUGCUUCAGGGACGGCACGAGGGAUGGCUACAAAAGCUCGAGUCGCCAUUUACAAGGUGUGCUGGCUUAAGGGCUGUCUUGGGUCAGAUAUUUUAGCCGGCAUGGACAAGGCAGUCCAAGAUGGUGUGGAUAUCAUGUCCUUGUCUCUAGGUGGACAAACAUCAGAGUAUUACAAGGACAUCAUCUCCAUCGGAGCAUUCUCGGCGAUGACACAUGGAAUUCUUAUAUCUUGCUCAGCUGGAAAUGUUGGGCCCUACCCAAGUAGGUUGUCCAAUGUUGCACCGUGGAUAACUACAGUAGGUGCCGGAACUUUGGACCGUGAUUUCCCCGUCUCUGUUACUCUAGGAGAUGGCCAAAAAUAUUCAGGUGUCUCACUUUACAAUGGAAAGACAAUAUCGAAUUCCAUGGUGCCAAUUGUUUAUGCCGCCAACGUGAGUAGUUCAAGCAAUGACAGCCUUUGCUUACCUAGAACCUUGAUUCCUGCUAAAGUUGUUGGAAAAAUCGUGGUAUGUGAUCGAGGGGGCUCAAUGGUGAGGAAAGGAUUUGUUGUGAAGGAGGCUGGCGGAGUUGGGAUGAUUUUAGCAAACACAAAAUUUUUUGGUGAAGAGCUUGUCGCCAGUGCACAUAUCUUGCCUUCAUCAGCGGUUGGGGAAAAAACUGGAGAUGCUAUCAAGAAAUACAUCUCCACUGAAGCUAAUCCAACGGCCACAAUUGGCUUCGGGAGCACAGAGUUGGGCGUUCAGCCAUCUCCGAUGGUGGCAGCGUUCAGUUCAAGAGGCCCAAAUCCAAUCACGCUAGAGGUACUUAAACCAGACAUUAUUGCACCGGGAGUCGAAAUAUUGGCUGGGUGGUCUGGGGCCGUUGCUCCAAGUGAAUUGGAAGAGGACAAAAGGCGGGUAAAGUUCAAUAUCAUUUCAGGCACGUCAAUGUCUUGCCCACAUGUAAGUGGGAUAGCCGCUCUCCUCAAGGCUGCCCAUCCAGAGUGGAGUCCAGCAGCCAUUAGAUCUGCCCUUAUGACCACCGCCUACUCAGCAUACAAAAAUGGCAAAAGCAUCCAAGAUGUUGCCACCGGACAACCAGCAACACCAUUCGCUUAUGGUGCAGGGCAUGUGGAUCCGGUAAAAGCCUUUGAUCCUGGCCUUGUUUAUGACACCACUGUUGAUGACUAUCUUGACUUCCUUUGUGCCUUGGGCUACACAUCAAGUCAAAUCAAGCGAGUCACAAAUAGAGACUUCACCUGUGAUUCAAGCAAAAACUACUCACUAGCAGAUUUCAAUUAUCCAUCCAUUUCAGUUCCUCUUCAAAGUGCUUUAGGAAAGAAAGGUGGUGCUAGUGUCACAAGCACAUUGAAAUAUUCUAGAACUCUGACUAAUGUAGGUUCACCUGGAACAUAUGAGUUUUCAGUGGUUUCACAGACAAAAGCAGUGAAGAUCUUGGUUGAACCAGCAUCGCUGAGUUUCAGUAAAAAAUAUGAGAAGAAGAGCUAUACCGUAACUUUCACUACUGGUUCCAUGCGAUCUGGAACAGCCAGCUUUGCUAGUCUGGUAUGGUCAGAUGGGAAACACACUAUAAGUAGCCCGAUAGCUUUCACCUGGAAAUGAUAGUGAUGGCAAUUGGAGCAGGUCAACAGCUGAUGACUCUCCAAAUACUAAGACUGCAAAGAAGUCUUAUUAUUAUUAUUAUCUUUUUAUUUUUUAUUGUACUCUUUUCUCUUCACAUAGGAGCAACCGUGCAACCAAAGCUAGUCGUGUGUGUAACAAAACAUACUCCUCCAAAAUCAGGGGACAAGAAAAACUUAAAAAAAGGGUUGGGGGAUUGGGGUUGCAAAUAAUUGUUCAAUAAGCCAUGUUAGGGACUGGCAUGUGAAUUUUAGACUGAAUUCCUACUAUUUGUACUUAGACUGGCAUGCAAAUUUUAGACUAAAUUCCUAGUAUUUGU